AUGAGAUUCAGGCUUGUGCGACCGACCAAUCAGUACUUAUCAUCGCACGAGUUUAUUCAUCUGCAUUUAAUGAACAAGUGGCCAGCCUCACUACCGUCCAACAUGCAAGUGCCACUUCUUGUGUGCUUACUUCCCCUUUUCAUGAUGGCCUCUGCAACAUCCGGGGGAAAUACUUCCAUCAUCCAACAUGAAGGUUUCCAGACACGGCAGAUGCCCACUUUCACAACAGAGUAUUUGCUUCCCUACACCUAUGAGAUCAUGUUCCAGUACGUUCGCACUGCUCGCUAUGAAGUCUCCUACGUGAUACGUGGAUACACGCCACCCAAUUCUCAGAAGUUCACUGUUGAGCUGUGUAAUACCAAAGACUGUUACGUUGACAAGGCCCUUCACUUGAGCGUGCGCUUCAACAAGCAGUACGUCGUUCGAACUGGGAAAAAAGACGGCAAAUGGGAGAGAGAGGUCACGAGGGGCGACAUGCCGUUCACCAGGGGGUCGAACUUUGUCCUGGAGAUACGCUCCAACAGAGGGGGUAGAUACAGGAUCUACGUGAACAAUUUGUUUUUCACCGACUUUAAUUACAUCGUUCCCAUGGAGGGCGUGAGGUACAUCAUGGUGUUCGGGGAUGUCAAGAUCAGAAAGAUGUCAGAACAUAUGGUACCACCGGUCUAUGUCAACAACCAAACGGUCGGUCAAUACAAUGUGGCAAUUCACAUGCUCACCGACACCCUGUUGCAUGGGCGAGUGACGUAUUUCAAGCUGGACAAUAACACAGCAAGAACACAGCCAGAACACAGCAAGAACACAACAAUAACACAACAAGAACACAGCCAGAACACAGCCAGAACACAACAAGAACACAGCCAGAACACAGCAAGAAUACAGCAAGAACACAACAAUAACACAGCCAGAACACAGCCAGAACACAGCCAGAACACAGCAAUAACACAGCAAGAACACAACAAUAACACAGCCAGAACACAGCCAGAACACAGCAAUAACACAACAAGAACACAGCCAGAACACAGCAAGAACACAGCCAGAACACAGCCGGAUGCCACAAUUUGGGAGGCUGGCUUUGGUCACGAACACAAGGCCGUUGACGUUAUCUAG